AUGUCUGAGCAUCCCCUCCCGGAGGGGACCCCUCCCCUGGCACAGUCAGAGGCUCAAGGAUUACGGAAACGUCCUGCUAAUCCACCUUCAGACGCCCGGUACCCGCGUAAGAGGAGCUCGAAAGCUUGCCAUGUGUGUCGUGCAAGAAAAACCAAGUGCGAUAACGUACGGCCCACUUGCGGCUUCUGCGCCUCAAUCAGCAUCUCUUGCUCCUACGAUGAUGCCGAGAGGGACCAUUCUUCAUUCGAUCCUGCCAGUCUCGAAAUCCUCCGGCAGCUGGGGCAGGUCCUGGACUCGCAAGGUAGCCUAUUGGAAGCCGUUCGCUCCAUUGCAGCAACGCAGUCGUCCGAAGCAGCAGUAUCAACUCUGGUACCGUCUGAUGUGCCCAACAUCCUUACAGGCGGAAUUGCUGAGACCCUUGAUUGGGUUGGUAAUCAUGCAAUACAGCAACAAGCAGACUCGCCACUAACGCCUCGUACCGCGUCUGUGAGUGUGGCCGCAGCCCGCUGGUUUGGGCUAUUCCGUGACGAGCUUCAAGAGAAGGUUGUCUCGCCUAGUGUCGAAUGGGGAUUUCCAGGUCCAUUAGACAGUCAAGAUGAUAAUGAUAUGACACAGUUGCAACGUGCAACGAAACUCAUUGACGAUCAAAACCUGGAGAGAGACUUUGCAAACGACGGUAGUUGUGAGCAAGAUAUGUGGCAAGCAUCGGAAAGCAUCGCAUUGCUUGAGAGAGAACAGAUCUUAUUUGAGAACUUUGUCCAUCGAAUAUGCUCAUGGCUUGAUCUUUUUGACAACGCCCGGACGUUCUCGACGAUAGUUCCGCGUCUUGCAGCCCGGAAUGCGGGCUUGCUAAAUGCCAUCUUGGCUUUGUCCGGCUAUCAUCAGUCGCUCGACGAAACAAUCCCCGAAAAAGAACGUAUAGAUCAGAAUAGCGCACUGCAGUAUUAUUACCAAACUCUACAUUAUGUCCAGAAAGCUAUGCGUUAUUCUACCUACCAGCGUAGCCAAGAGCUGAUGGCGACUACCCUUAUCAUUUCAACUUACGAGAUGCUUCGGGGCUCCCGGCAGGAUUGGCAACGGCAUCUGCAAGGAGUCUUUUGGAUUCUUCGGUCGCGGCAGAUCGAAGUGGAAGUUUCGAGCCUUGAGAGCACGACAUGGUGGGCUUGGCUGCGUCAGGAUAUCUGGGCGGCAUUGAGAGGAAGGCGUCGAACAUACAGCACUUGGACACCUAAAAAGGCCUGUUCGGACCUGAACAGCUAUGAGUUAGCUUCACGUGCGGUCUGGAUACUGGCUCAGGUAAUAAACUUCUGUGCUGUGGGCCCAUCCGAGGAGACAGAAGGAACAUUUGUCGGAAGACUUGAGUGGGCGAAGGCUCUCAAGGAGAUGCUCGAGGAGUGGGAAUCGCAUCUGACGAUUGAAUUCUCGGAGUUGCCUGCUAUGACCCGCUAUGGAAGUCAAGUUUUCAAACCGCGGCUCAUACACCCUCAAAGCUUUGGCUUAGCCAUGCAGAUCCAUUACGUUUCGAGGAUUCUUGUCUGCGCUCAUGAGCCAAGCUUGGGCGGCAUGGAGAAGUUCAUGCACCGGCAAAAGACAAUCCAGGACAGCAUAGAUCUCGUCUGCGGUAUAGGUCUGACCCUGACAGAAGACGCAUCAAGUAUGAUGUCUUCACAGUGCCUGUUCAUUGCUGGCAUGUUCAUGCAAGACGAUCGUCAGAGAGUCUGCCUUCUCGAAAUGCUUGAAACUUGCCGUGACAAGUGCAGGUGGCCAGCGUCAUCACUCGGCUUAGAGCUAGAACAGAUAUGGGCAGGUUUUGGAAAGGGUUCGUAA